AUUGUGUUGCCUUUAUAAACACAACACUGAGACGGUCAGUGUCAGCGUGACUUAUUGCCAUCAUGACUGGGAAAAUUCUUCUGUUGGGACUUCUGCUCGUCUGUGUGGCUGCAGAUACAAAGGACCCGCGAAACGGGAGAGAGCCAAUCUGUUCAGCUAUAAAAGGACCUGUGAUGUGCGCCAUGAUCUAUAUGCCUGUGUGCGGGAGUGAUGGUUUCACACACGGCAACGAGUGUAUGCUCUGUGGGAAAAGACAAAAGACAAUGGAGAACAUUUUGAUUGUCAAGGAUGGACCGUGCUGACCUGGGCAUCUUAACAGUGGAAAUCAUCGAAUAAAGCAUUCAGACAUAA